AAUUAAUGUAAUUCGGAGCAUAAAUGAGGUAUUUUAGAAUACCUCUUAUAAGGAAAGAUUCUGGGAUUUUGGUAUGUUUAACUUCCAAUGGACACCUCACCAGCCUUCGAACACACAGAAUCGCCAAGUUAGACUUCAACAAGGAAUGCCCAACCAACAAGACUGUGGUAAGGCCGGUGAAAUGUUUUGCUUACAAAAUUAAACAAACCAUACCCUGACCACUACACUACAAGUAAUUCGGUGAUCUUGAAGUUUGUGAGUACUUACUAAUGGAGCCAAAUUCCCCCUUCACCUAUUGUGUCUCACCCAAUAAUUAAGUUUUGUCUUU